AGAUUUUGGCGGAGGGAUUUGUUAAUUUAAGUCCAUGAGGAAGCAGACGCCAUGAUGGCUGCCAGAUCGUGAGGAAGUCCAGUCUCUGCGCGGAAAGUGGCCACGAUCGCCAGUCCCGACACGAUCGGACUGCUGUACGACAGAUUCCCGACGGUUUGACAGUUCAGCUGCCCCAGAACGGACUCUGGGAGGACCGGGACUGCGGGUUUUCGCUUCCGGAGGCGCCGAAGUCGCGGAGGAGAGUUCCGAUCCUUGCGGAAGAGCUCGGUGGGGGAAACGAGGUCGCCAGGGCAAGCCGAGGGCACAGCCGGCACCAUGGCCAACACUCUCAAAUCGCUGGUCUCCAAGAAGAAGAGGAGAUUUCAAGAAGACGGGUUCGACUUGGACUUGACUUACAUUUACCCCAACAUCAUAGCGAUGGGGUUUCCGGCGGAGAAACUGGAGGGCGUGUACAGAAACAACAUUGACGACGUCGUAAGAUUUCUGGAGUCCAAACACAAGGGACACUACAAAGUCUACAAUUUGUGUUCUGAAAGAAGUUAUGAUCCCAGCAAGUUUAACCAAAGGGUUGCAGUCUACGCAUUUGAAGACCACAACCCUCCCAAACUGGAGCUUAUUAAGCCUUUCUGUAACGAUCUGGACGAGUGGUUAGCAGAGGAUGAGGACAACGUCGCAGCCGUGCACUGUAAGGCAGGAAAGGGUAGAACAGGUGUGAUGAUCUGUGCGUACCUGCUCCACAGAGGAAAGUUUCCGACACCAGACGAGGCCCUCAGAUUUUACGGUCAGGCUAGGACGAAAAACGAAAAGGGCGUGACGAUACCCAGCCAGAGAAGAUAUGUGGAGUACUACUGGGACCUGACUAGAAAAAGGCUGGAGUACAAACCCACCACGUUACUACUGCAGUCCAUCGUCAUAGAGACCGUCCCCAUGUUCAGCACGGGAGGGUCAUGUAGUCCCCAGUUUGUCGUUACACAAUACAAUGUCAAACUGUACACGUCACCUGUGUAUGAGGGUGCGAAGAGAGAAAACAGAGGGUUUAUCCUGGGAGUGUUACCUCAGCCGCUGCCUGUGUGCGGGGACAUCAGAAUAGAACUGUUUCACAAACCUAACAAGAUGAUGAAAAGGGACAAGAUGUGCCACUUCUGGUUCAACACGUUCUUCGUGAGAGAAGGGGACAUUACGGAGCUCAGGAACGGGCAGAUCCCACACUUACAGGCCUGCAACGUCAUGGAGAAGGAGUCGGUGGGUAGCAACGGCGGGUGUUGCGCCACAAACUGUAUAAAAGACAGACUAGCGCCCGGCUGUCGAACGUUGGUCCUGACCUUGAGGAAAGACCAGAUCGACAAGGCGAACAAGGACAAGAGCAACAAACUCUUCUCACCCAACUUCAAGGUCACAUGUAUCUUCACCCCUGUAGAAGAACCCAAAGCCAAGGAGAGCACUAGAAAUUCCACACAGCCCAAGUCUGACCAGAGGUCUACGGGCAGCACGUCGAGCGCCUCAAGCGACAGCAUCACGCCCGACAUGAGCGACAACGAUAUCGACGACGAAAACCUCUCGGACACAGACGACGAGGAGGAGUGGGAAGAUGGCCAGCGGGUGACGUAUCUUUAGCGGUGUAGCGGGCCGUUGCGUAGUGACUAACGGGCAUGCGGUAGUUGUCCCCCCCUCCCCCUGCAUGUACAGUGAUCCCUUAACCUUUCACACAGCAGAUAUUAGACAAAAAUCAGACACCAAAAGGAGGGGGGAGGGGGGCAGGGGAGAACCCAUGUUCUACAGCUUGAGAAUAGUUGGUGGUGAGAUUGUGGCUCGGAAGUGCUGUUUUAAAUGUGAACUUCAAGUGUCAUUUUUAAAGAAGUCUCUCUUUUUCAAUUUUUUUCCUAUUGUAACCAUAAACUUGUGGACUUUUUUGUAUACUGUUUUGUGCAUCUUUAGAUGUUGUAGCUGGAAAUCAACCAAAAGUCUGUUGUCAUUGCAGGGAGAAGCACCAAAAGUUUCUUAUGUUGACAUAUUGGUAUCUUUGUCCCUUGUUUUGAUUUGUCUAAGCUUGAUACAUGGACUUUUUUCAGGACAUCAAGCAUUUUUGAAGUGACUGUGUCACUAAAAGUUUCCUUGAACAGAUAUUUCUUUGUACAAAAUAUAUCUUAAGUCAAAACUGCUCUUGAAGACCACUCAGGACCAAUAAGAUCUCGUCUAUGUGAUUAUCAUAGACAGGAUUCUUAUUGCUUGUGUCAUUGGGAAAGAUUUUUUUAGUAAGGAACCUCCAAACUUUGGAUAAAAGGUCCUCACUUACAGGUGGUCACUUGUUCAGAUUUUACUAUCUGCUGUUUGUACCCAAGCCAUGGUCUCAUCACCCAAUAACAAAUAAUAGACGACAAGAAGUUAUGUUGCAUGGCCGGAACUCUGUCGGAGAAAGUGGAAGAAAGUACACUCCCCACAUUGGUGCUACAUUUUCCAGGCCACAUUGUAAUACCGUAUUUCUUAUCAACCAACCAACCAACUAACCAGCCAGUCAUGACAUAUUCACGCUAGCCAAUCAGAUCCAAGCAUAGGAAAAAUAAAAGGUGCUGACCAAUCAGGACCUAUGACUGUUGGCCACUUGCCAAUCAGAUCCAAGCAUAGGAAAGAAAGGUGUUGACCAAUCAGAUGCCAAGGCCCAUGUAAACCAUCCAAUCAGAUCCAAGCAUUUGGAAAAGUUGCUAAACUGAAUAAGACUUUUGGCUGCAGUACAUUAACCAAUCAAAUCCAAGCACAAGUGAAAGUUCUGACCAAUCAGAACUUCCGGUUACAUUAUGACAACCAAUCGUAUCCUAGACAACUUGACUGUACUGACAGCUUUACAGAAGAUGAAUUCAGCUAGCCAAUCAACACUUGUUUGGAAUUUGAAAUGAAAUACUGAUGAAUGUUGACUUCAGUAGACCUGAAAUUUGUUCAACAUUUCUUUUUAUUACACUGAAAGAAAAUGAAUACCUCAGGAUGGUCUUUGCUAAUAUCUGCUGUGCAAAACGGGUGUUUUCUUUAAAAUUAAUCCUGUCUUACGGUACAACCCCCCUCCCCUGGAACAAUGAAAUGAAAUGUUACAAGUGGGAGAGUCCACUGUGUUAGAGGGGUGAGGGUUUGUGUAAAUGUGUGAGUCUUGUGACUCUGACAUACUUGUAGAAAACAUUGUUUAGUAGCAACAAUCUUAUUGGUGAAUUGUCCACCUGUGCAGCAAAUGUUAUUCAAGGUAAAAAAAACUACAAGAACCUUAAAAAAUACACCAUUGUGAACAUUAUUUAUCCUUUGUACAGUUGAUAUUCCUCCCGUGAAGUUUUUACGACUAUUCUGAGGUCCGAUGGAUGGGCAAACAGUGCCCUCUGGAGGACCCAAAGAGUACUGCAGCCUUGUGAAUCGUAAGAAAUGGGUUCAAACUUGUGAUGACUUGAGGAGGACAUUGUAUUCACUUGUAUGCAGAUAGAUUCUGCACAUUAUGUAAAGUGUUGUUCUAUUGGUCUGUAAAUACAAAAUAGUAUGUUCGAUGAUGAAAAUUCGACAAAUGGGAAA